AUGAAGAAUCAGAAUAUGCAUUGUCAUUAGUUAAUAGUUUUAACGACGACCCCUGUGGUAUAUCAUUUCCUAAUUUAAGGCAAGCAAUGCCUAAUUCCAUUCUUCUAGAUUCGCAUAAAAAGGCUAUAGCCUUCGGCUAUGAGGCUGAGAAUCAAUACUAUGACCUAGUUCGAGAGGAAAACCACCAUGAUUGUUAUUUCUUUAGACAGUUUACAAAGGAUAUUCAUAAGUUACAGGAUGGAGCUACUACCCUUCACACCAUAAAUGUUAAAACAUUUGACCAGAAGAAAGAGAUAUCAGCACAUUCUCUCUUUGGCAUGCUUAUUAACUUUCAUGUUGAUGAUGCGUUGAGCAAAUUAAUUAUACUCGAAGUGCUUACUCCAGAAGAUUUUAAUUGGGUUUUGACUAUACCCACAUAUUGGAACAAUAGUGUUAGGAAGGCUUUAAUCCAAGUUGCAAGAAAGAAUACAAUUGUAGCUUCUUAUCCUGAAGCUGUAUCCUUAUAUUGGAAGUUUUGGUCAAUGAAAAAUAAAUUAGACAAGAUUGAUUUGUUUCGACCAGAAAUGAAGUACAUUGUUGUAUAUGGUAGUGGCGAUACAAUAGACCUUGCAUGUUUAGAGGUAGAAGAAGAUAAAUCAUUGACACAGUUGAAUACUAUGGUUACAAACGUGGAAGUCUGGAAAAAGUUUUUGGUAGGCAUUGUUGGAAAACAUGUAUACUCCGACUUCUGUUCACAAUACCCUAAUGAAGAAGAUUAUAUGUUAAGAGAUUUUAAAAGAAAAUCUAGAUCGUUUACCGAUGCUCAAAUAGUCACGUUAAUAGUUCCUGUAGAACUUAGAGAAUUAUAUGAAAAAUAUUCAGGUGGAGACUUCAAUGAUCCUUCCAAUAAAAUAGUGUGGCGUGGGGAUAAAAUGCGAAUAAAAAGAGAUUUAUUUAUAUCUCUUUUUGAUGAAGUUAUAGCCUUUGUUGUAAACGCGGUUAGAGAAAUGGUGAACGACCCUGAUGUUAUGGAUAUAUCACAUAUAGUUUGUACAGGAAGAUUAAUGCAGCUACAGAUGAUUGUCUGUAGACUUCGCGAAACAUUUCACAAUAUAGAUAUAAUAGAUCUCCCAGAACCCAACAUAUCUGCAUUGAAAGGUGCUGUGAUAUUAGGGCACUAUCCGAUAGUAAGUUGUAAACGAAAUUUUUACCGUUUAUAAUUGCGAAUAUCAAAAACAACAAACAUACAUGAAAAAAAAACAUGUAUAUAAGUUACUGAAAAUAUUCAGUUGAAACAUUAAAGUGUGAUAUAGUCAACUUUUAGUUUUUAUCUUCAUA